UAAUUUAUCGUGAUCUGAAGCCGGAAAAUGUACUUCUCGAUCAGGACUAUCACAUUAGUUUGAUUGACUUCGGUCUGAGCAAGUGGCUGAGCAUCGGUUCCCGGACGAAGACGCUUUGUGGCACGUUGCAGUACAUGGGUAAAGCUUUGUUUCAAUUUAUUCGUUACUGUGACUAGUGUUUAGCAUUGUUACUGCUGUUGUUGCUACUGCUGAAUCUAUAACAGCAAACUUCCGUUCCGUGGAUGUUUGCAUCUGUUGGUCAGUUGCUCGUGGAGGCGUGAUCAAAUAAAUGGUUAAGAAACGAAAAGUGUAAGUUGGAACGCCAGAGGUGCCUAAACAUUGUGAAGAGUUGGUGGCAGUGAUUAGGUAGUCAGGAUGAAUGCACGCUCGCAAACCUUCGAUCUCACGAUGGAGGGACGUCAAGUGGACGAAGCUGUGUCAAGCAUCUUCCACACGAUCCUUUUUCAUCGCAGUCUGGGCAAGUUUAUGUAUAAAGGAGAAGCCAGGUAUUCGGUAGGAACAAUUGGUUACAUGGACGUGGAUUGCGAUUUCAUUGAUUUUACAUACGUUUGCUGUACUUCACCGAGGUUGGAUGAGACAAUUAAACGUGAAAUCGGCGAGUUCAGCCGGCAGCUGCGCAGUAACGAAAGCUCCGGAACUGGGCAGAUAAGUUUGGAAUUCUUCCAACGUAGAAAGGGGCGCUGGGCGUUCCUCAGCGAAAGCAUCCCGUGGGAGGUAUGGACUAUUCGAUUAGAACUCAUAAACCUCACCAACGAAGACGAUCGGCAGAUCUGUCGGGAGCGUGUUGGCGAUAUGCUGUCGGAUAAAAUUGUGUACAUAAGCGAGGUAAUGAACCGGCAUGAUUAUCUCCCGAAAACGCCCAAUCAGAUGGAGUUGGACUCGGUGUUUGAUACGUCUUACCCCGAUGUGCAACCCUAUCUGUUUCAGUUCAAAUUCACCACCACCGGCCCAAGUACCAACUCUGUGGGAAAAACCGUAAAGAAGCUAUUUAAGGAAACUCUUUCAUUGUGACUGUUGAAGGCAGCAAUGUUUAUGAUGGUAACGGUCGCCCUCGUCAGAAAGAUUGUUAGACAUCAAGCUAGGCUUUCGAUGAGCUUUUGAAACCUGUAUUUUUAGGUUUAAAAGAUGUGUGACGGGUAUAUGAAUGUUUGAUGACUGUAAAGAGGACAUUAAUUCUAGUGUGUUUGUGUUUAAACUCUACGGCUAAGAUAUCCAUUUGAUAGUUGAUUUCUCUCUCAACUCAUAAGUAGUGUUUGGGAAUCGGAUGGAUAACUAAUUCGUUUAGCCUUAUUUGAUCGUUUCGAUUACUGCGACCAGUUAAGAUGACUAUUUGAGGUUUGAUUUUAAUGCCGAGCAUAGUCUGUACUCAAUAAAUAGAUUAGAAUAUGUAACCAAUUGUUUGGUUUCUUGAUGCGUUCGUUAUUUUUAUUUGAGCUAUAACACUUUCUCGGCAUUUUUAUGUUCAGUGGGCAUAUCAUGUAAGCUCCCGCCAUUACCAAGGUUUACUUCGUAUAUAUGCAAACGAGACUUCAAAUCGAAAUCUUUUGAACCAUAACGAUUUACCUUUUCAACCUAAUCCUAUCAGUGUACGUACGAGUUGUAAUUUGUAGAUAUGAAUGUAUAUUUAAAAAAUAUAUAUGAACAACAAUAUAGUACAGGAUUUUAAGUCGGUUAAGCGCAUAUUACCAGCCAAAGAAGACGGCAAAUAAGCAAAACUAAAACUUGAAAUAUCCGAAAGUUUCAGUAAUUUAAGUAGAGCAUAACCCUGUAUAAGAACAAUCCGAAUAAAAAAAAUUAACACAAGAAUGAUACAAACUCAUGCUUGGAUAAGUUUUAAUUUGCGCACUCGUCUACUUUCGUUCGAGGCGUUCUGCAGUCUUAGGAUAUUUCUUCUAGAAUGUUGAACUGUGACUUCAGUGUUAUGUAUUAAGCCAGAGUUAGGAAACAAAAGCUUAUUGUGAUCCUGCGGAGAGAAUAAUAUGUAUCGGGCGUGUUUAGGAAAGGCCGCUGAGCCCUGGUGUUUGUUGAGAACAUAGAAUGUUGAAAGGAACGGAUGUUUCAGUUGUGAAGGAGCAAGGAAUCCAUGCUGCCUAGAAGCACUGCAAUGUAUAAUAGGCGAGAAGAAACAAAAACUGAAACGGUAAAAUGUGUAAUUUUUUUUAAUCAUUGAAAAAGUAAUAUGAUUAGUGAUUAGAGUAGUGCUGAGUUUCACUUCAAUGUAAAUGUAUUUUCUUGGAAACUAUAAAACAAAAAUUAGAAAAAAAUAUAGCUCAGCAAUUGAGUAUGAAAGAACAAUAAAAAUAGAAAAAAAAAUAAUAAA